ACAUUUAGAUGGAGCUGUUUUGCAUAGUAAUGGUGUUGUUUUAGAUGCUUUAAGUCAACCUUCUUUAAUGAUAACUGAUGCUUAUAAUUCACUUACAAGCGUUGAAGAUCAUGAAGAAGAAGACUUUGAAGAAGAGUUUGAUAAAUUAUUGGAUGAAAAUUCAAAAUUACAUGCUCGUUUGAUAAGUUUACAAAAAGAAAGAUUUCUAAAGAAUCCCAAUGAAAUAUCCGAUAUUGAAAUUGAAAUUGGUAAUAUAUAA